GAUACGGAUACAGAGAGAGACAUCACCUGCUCCCUUGCUUACCCUUCACAAACCCAAAUGGCGAACGAGGGCGAUCGGGAAGAAACCAUCGAGGAAGAGGAACCCUCCCCGAUCUCUAACCCUAACCCUAACCCUAACCCUAACCCUAGUCCUAGAUCGGCCCAAACGAAGGCCCCGGAGGUGGAGAUCCACCUCUUCCGGGGCGGGCGGGGGCCCAUCGACGUGUUCCGAUCGCGGCUCGGGGGCUGGGACCAGAACCAGCUCGAGGUACAGGACAUCCUCGACAAGUACGGCUUCAAAUCCCUCCACGCCUUCAACCCUAGCUCGGGCCGCAGCGUCGCCGUCCGAUUCAACCCCCGCAACGGCCGAUCCCUCCUCCCCUACGCCGACGGAUCCGUCGUCUUCGUCGACGGCGAGCCCAAGGAUUCGUUGGUGAAACCCGUGACGAAGAUACUGGUUGGGGUCGCGGUGAUCACGCUGCUCGUAGCUUUGUUCUUCAAGGAGGCGCCGGAGUGGUUGAGGGCGACGAGGUUCUCGGCUGGGAAUUUUCCCCCAUGGAUUUUGGCCUGUAUUGUUAUAGUUUUUACUCGGCUGAGGAAGAGGACUAGGGAUGUGUUGAAAAAAUUUGGUUGGUAAUAAUCUAUGGGAACUUUUGGAAAAAAAAGAAAAGUUCCGGGGGAUAAGUUUUCUCCACUACUAGGCUUUUUUUUUUUUUUUUUUUUAGACUGAUCAUUUGGAACAAUUGUAGUUUUUGAGAGAGAAACGAAUGGAAAUUGUGUUUUGAUGAUCACGCCAAAUUUGUGUUUAUGCAUAUUUCCUUUGGGAACUUCUUAUGUAACUUUUGCAUGUAUUGUUUAUGUAUUAAUUCAUUCGAAAAA